CGGAAUUUGGCGUGGAAAGGAGAAGUCGGCCAUUUUGGUUACUUGACAGAGGGGAUUUAUUUAGUAUUUAUGUGUCAUCAUCAGGACGUUUGGAAGGACAUUGCGGCUGCCAUUUCUUCAGAAAUGACAAUGGCCCAUCCGUACAGUCCUGUGUAAAUGGAUAACUGGUUCAAAUUCAUUAUAAGAAGGCCAUUUUCCAGGGACCCAAGGGCACUGAUAGAUACGUUCGGUGCCUUGAAUGACCCCGAUAUUUGUCGAAAAACACCGGUGUAAGGGUCGUUUUGUGCAGAUUAACGUCGUUUUCCAUUGAAUGAGGGUAUUGUUUUUAGUUGGAUCUUUCAUAACAAGAUCUAUGCUAUCUCUCAGCCCCAGGAAACGUCAAUUUCCGUCGCAUCUACCUGUUCAUCUCGAGUAAUUAUAUUCAACAUGUCGACCCGAGCACCUCUCCAAACCGUGCACGAAUCGGUGACAGUCGAUCAUCAUCCAAAAGAUGAUAAUGCAAACCCUCGUAUUACGUCGUCGAGGAGUCGAACCGCUGACGAGCCUCACAUCGGCAAAUACCGGCUGAUCAAGACAAUCGGCAAAGGAAAUUUUGCAAAAGUGAAACUAGCCAAGCAUGUGCCGACAGGACGAGAAGUGGCCAUCAAGAUCAUUGACAAGACACAGUUAAAUCCAUCAAGUCUACAAAAGCUGUUCCGAGAAGUGAGAAUCAUGAAGUUACUUGAUCACCCCAAUAUAGUCAAAUUGUUUGAGGUGAUAGAGACAGAAAAGACGCUGUAUUUAGUGAUGGAAUAUGCCAGUGGAGGUGAGGUGUUCGACUAUCUUGUUGCACAUGGUAGAAUGAAAGAAAAGGAAGCUCGAGCCAAGUUUAGACAGAUUGUGUCCGCUGUACAGUACUGCCAUCAGAAACACAUUGUACACAGAGAUUUAAAGGCGGAAAAUCUGCUUUUAGAUGGAGACAUGAACAUCAAAAUAGCAGAUUUUGGUUUCAGCAACGAGUUUGUACCUGGUAACAAAUUGGAUACGUUUUGUGGAAGUCCGCCAUAUGCAGCCCCUGAACUUUUUCAAGGAAAAAAGUAUGAUGGUCCGGAGGUGGAUGUGUGGAGUUUAGGAGUAAUUUUAUACACACUAGUCAGUGGUUCCUUACCAUUUGAUGGUCAAAAUUUAAAGGAACUGCGAGAAAGAGUGUUACGGGGAAAAUACCGUAUACCCUUUUAUAUGUCCACAGACUGUGAAAAUUUGUUGAAAAAGUUUUUAGUUUUAAAUCCAACCAAAAGAGCUAGUUUAGAGAAUAUUAUGAAAGACCGCUGGAUCAAUAUGGGGUAUGAAGAUAGAGAGUUAAAGCCCUACAGAGAGCCGCCAAAGGAUCUUGUAGAUCCAAAGCGGAUAGAAGAAAUCAUGGUUAACAUGGGGUACAGUAGAAAAGAUAUUGAAGACUCCAUAACGAACCAGAAGUAUGAUGAUAUCCAAGCCACAUACUUACUUCUGGGGCGCCGCUCUUCUGAUUUGGAGGGAAGUGAUCGGUCUGGGAGUAGCCAAUCCUUGCGCCAUUUACCAUUAUCAUCAUCUAAUCGACCUCAUAGUGAAAACACUGCAAACAAUAACACAUCUCCGAACAAGGUGACACGCAGUCAGUCUGCCACCACAAGUUCAGGCCAGGGUCGCAGACGGUACAGUCAAGGCGCAGAAAAUAAUGGUAGUAUCCGACGUACGGCAGGACCAACAAGUUCUCAGUCGUCAUCUCAUUCACGGCGACAGAAUGCGAUAGACACAUCAACGACGAAGGAGAACAUCAUAUCAGGGAGAAAAACACCAUCAGGGGGUUCCUCCAUGGAGUCUCCCAAGGUUGGCAGGAGUGCAAUUACCCGAGACAGUUACAAGGGUCCAAAGAUAAGUUCUUCCACUCCAACACGGGCAACCAUGCCAAAGAAACUCAGUGGAUCAUCUUCUUCAUCAACACCCAAGAACAGUGUCAUCAGCAGCAUUCCGCGUCGUACAGGCCGCAGUGAAACCUUUAGUCCAGGCGAUGCUCGUGUUCAGACCCCUGCUGAGAAAACCCGCACUACCAAUGGUCAGGAUGUCAGGAGCCCUAUGACCAAUUCUACAACCCCUUCAUCAUCAGAAGUACCUUCAGUCAGACCCAAAGGGCAUGGCCAUGUCAAAUCUGCAAGUUUAAGUCAGUCUCAAACUUCGCGGGUUACAGACUUGCCUCCCUUAGAUGGUGAAUUUCGGCCAACAACUGCUCCAGGUAAAACCUCCACUGUGCCUGUCUCCCCCGCUGCUCCUAAAAGCUCCCUUUAUCGUAACACAGCCAGUAGGAAUACAUUCCAUGGUGGGCCUAUUCGGGACAGACGGCAGCGUCAAUACAAUGGGCCUGACGGUAUUCCGUCUCACUCUCAGGAUACCUCUGCCAUGGGCCAGGCAGGCCGCAUGUCUUUCUUAAAUAAGCUUACAUCAAAAUUUAGCAGAAGAGAUUUCAUACCAGAAAACAAUAGUCAGGGUCGGGACUUGAAAAAAAGGUAUAACACUUCAUUGUCUCCAUCUGAAUCAUCCCAACUGUCCCGAUUGCAAGGGUCAGUCAACGAGGGUCGUGAAGGUGACCCCAUCAAGCCACGGUCGCUUCGCUUCACGUGGAGCAUGAAAACGACCAGUUCAAUGGAUCCCAACGAGAUGAUGAAGGAGAUUCGUAAAGUAUUAGAUGCUAACAACUGUGACUAUGAACAAAGGGAGAAGUUCCUCCUGUUGUGUGUCCAUGGCGACCCCAACACAGAUAGCCUAGUGCAAUGGGAGAUGGAGGUUUGUAAAUUGCCAAGACUCUCCUUGAAUGGAGUUCGUUUCAAACGAAUUUCAGGAACUUCCAUAGGAUUUAAAAACAUUGCAUCUAAAAUUGCAAAUGAGUUGAAACUUUGAUGUAGGGCCCAGUGCUGCAAGAACGGACAAGUAGGUUAUCCUGGAAUUGAGGCAGGUUGUGUGGUAUCCUUGUUAACCUGAAGGGUUACCUGGAGGUUCACCUACAGGAGCAACAUUGCUGUAGUGGGAAGGUGUCUGGUGCUGGGCCCGUACCAUACUUCAAGUCUCAGAAGGAUAACUCAAGAUGCAGUAACCUCCUCCUAUUCAAUCACAUGUAACAUUACCCCCUCUCCCCACAUGUAUAAUUUUUGUACAAUGUUAAUAUUGUAAAAAGGUCACUGUAAUAUAGCUAAAUUAGACACCCAAAGGCGAGACCAGGGUUUGAAAUUGUACACAUGUAUGUAAAGAGAAAGAGUAUAUCAUUUGAUGAAUGUGCUUUAGUGUAUUAAAUGCAAACUAAGUGAUGAAUGUUGUUACAAGUGCAUUUCUCCUUCUGCUAGUCUAAAUGAAUUAGCAGUCCUAAUCUCUCUCUUCCCCUCUCUCCCCCAUUAACUUAAUUUUCUGUACUGUCUCUUGCUCUGUAUAUCUUCCACAGUGCAAUCAUAUUAUUCUGGUAGUAGGAGAAGAUUGUGUUAGAGCAGGCACUUGUUCAACGAUCCGACCUGUUAAAGAAUUACAGACAGUGACAGAUGGUGAGCUGAGUUGUCGUCGUUCAUUCAUAGGUGUUGUUCAGAGGUUUGGAUUUCGCUGUUUCAUUAUAUUCUUUAUCAAGUGAUAUGAACUGUAUUGUUUGAUGAAAUAAUUGGUUCAGUGUGUAAUGUUAUAACAGAAAGCCAAAUCACUGAACAUUACCUAUGUAAGUAGUUUUCCUCUUCGACUGUGAUACUAUAAACAUGCAAAAAUCUGCCUGUUUAUAAACAUCUAAAUAUUUUGCUCUGUGAAUGAUGGCAACUCAGUGGGCCGAGCAUUGAACAAUGUUAAAGCUAUGGGCAUUUGAUAGGUAUAAAUUAUUUUAUUAAUUGUAUUCCAACUUAUGUAGAAAUAAAUAUGUUAAGAAUUGAUAGUUCAUUCAGUAAACUAUUGAAUGUUCUGUAAAACUGGAGAUUGAAGUUGUGAUUGAUUUAAUUCAACAACCACUGAUUUAAAAGGGAAUUUAAAUUACCCUUUCACUGAAAGUACGGUAAAAACCUCUAUAUAAUGCCACUAGUUGUCCAACAAAAUUUGAAUCAUACAAAGUGAUUUGACUAUAUUAAUGGAAAUUUGAAAAGGAACUGCAAAGGGAGAAUGAAAGGGGGAACUUGAAAAUUUUCUUUGUGGUAACCCUUAGUGUGGUGGCAACGAAAGGAAUGGCGUUAUAAGUAGGUUUUACUGCUGUACUGUAUAUCUUCAUACUUCGAGAUAAAGAUAUCAAAUUGAUGCACCCUCUCCCAACUGGAUUUACCUAGCUUUUUUAAUCACUCACAAUUUGAUAACAAAUUACACCAUGCAUUGAUUUUGUUUGUCUGUAGACCUACAGUGCUUUUCCUUAUAUGAGCACCACCUCACUUUUAUCACAUUUGUUAUUAUUCAGUUUAAUUGUUAUGCCUGGGUUGGGAGGAGACUGUGUCCACUGACCGGGGAUUUCCCUUGCGAGUUUGUGAAGUGUAAUGAGCGAGUGUGGAAGGAAAAGACACGUGAAUUGGUUUUGUCUGUGAAGUAAACACAAUUCUCUUUUGACACUCGCCUGUGUUAUUAAAUCAUGUAUCAGUUACUGUACUAACACUCCCCAACCAUCACAAGGAAAGUAGACUCAAUAAAAUAAAUAAUUAGAGGAAUAAUUCUAACCAGCAUAGAUAAGAAUCUCUGGUAGUAUUCUAGAAAAGUUUAGAUGGGCAAGUUUAUAAUGGUUUUAAGACAGACUAGUAGUGGUCUAGGAAGAUUCAGAUGGCAGGUUUGUGAUGGGGUUGUAAAAUUCAGAAAUGAAGUACAUGAAAUCACAUUUGGAUAAAAAGUUUUGGGCUGAAACAAAAGUAUUUAAGAGAACAUGGGCUGAACUUGGUAAACUUGGUAAACAUACUGAGGUAUUAUAUUUACUAGUGUUCUUUGUUAUCGAACCGUUCUGUUUUGCUGAGUAGUCAUGAUAUUUUAUUGCUUUCAAAUGUAGUCUGUUCUACAGGACAGCAGAAUAUGCAAGUUAUACACAUGUUACCGUAUGAUCUCAGAUAUCACAUCAUAUAUCCUGCCUUCGUCACUAGCUUCCAUUGAUUCCCGAGACCUUGGAUAUGUCUGCUGACGAGUACAUGCAUUAAUCUGUCAUUAAGUCAUUCUCAUGAAUUUUACUGGGUACGCAAGUUUGGAGUCGACGACGGGAUUGUGUUGAAUGUGAAUCAUGCUUGUUGUUGAUCAACUUGCUGCUUGUCCAUACAGACACAAUGUCUUGUUCUAUUGGUUUUUGUCAUCAAAUCAUUUUCCUCAAAGUAGUGUCCUCUGUCUUGCAUAUAAACUAAAAGCUCGGCAGGAAUUUUCUUAUUUCAUUGAAGUGCAACACUAGUACGACAACUGGAUGAAUUUAGCUUGUGUGGUAUUCUGAUUUAGUCACCAAAUGUAGUGUUGGAAUGGCUUAUGCUUUGGCAAUGGAUCUAGCAGCGAGCAGAAUCAUACUUUACAAACACUGCAGGUGAUGUGCUGGUAUUCACAAGGUUAGAAGGAUUUGGACAAGUUUUGAUUGAAAUGGCUGAUUGUGUUGCUGAUCAUCUAAUACUAACAUUCCUAUCAUGUUGAUUUGUCCUCUGUGACAAUGUAUAGAUAGCUUUCCUUCAUAUCAAGUUUUGAAGAACUGAGAAACAUCAAAUUGAAAAAAAAGAUAUUUUCCUUUUCGCAAGUUUCAGCUGUUUCGCUCUUACCACAAUAUCAAAUUAAGAUGCCUGCUUAGUUGAGAGAGGGAUGAGGGCAGAUGCUGCCUAGUAAGGGGUGGGGUAUGCUGGUGGAGAAAGUGUUCACACACUUCAAUAUGGCCAUAACUGUGAAAGGGCAAGUCAAAGCUUGAGAGGGAGGAACAGCGAGCUUGUGACCCUGUCGGCAGUAACCCACUGACGGUGAAGCAGUAACGGUGUGACUACGAUGUCAUGGUUCAGUGGUAGCACAGUGCCACAAAUGCAUAAUAGUGCAACUCUUUGAUUUUAUUUAUUAAUAUGAUUUAAGGGUAUUUUGUAUGUUA